CCAAACAGUCGGCAACGAUCGCACUGAUUGUAUCACCCUUAAUUCCGUGGUUCCGGCUUACGAAGGAAAAGAUUUUGCAUUACUCGCCUGUGAAACGUUUUUUCAGUGUUCUGUCAAUCGCAACAAUGGCUCUCAACAAGCUUAGCAUCGAAAACGUGGACCUCAAGGGCAAACGUGUGUUUAUGCGUGUCGAUUUCAAUGUCCCCAUCAAGGACGGUAAAAUCACCAGCAACCAGCGUAUUGUGGCCGCACUCGAUAGCAUCAAGUUUGCCCUCGAGAAAGGAGCUAAAUCGGUUGUGCUUGCAUCGCACCUUGGCCGACCGGACGGUAACAAGAAUAUCAAGUACACGCUGGCCCCGGUUGCCGACGAGCUGAAGAAGCUGCUCGGCCGUGACGUAACGUUCUUGAAUGAUUGCGUCGGGGCGGAGGUUGAGGCCGCCUGCAAAGAUCCGGCAGCCGGUUCUGUGAUUCUGCUGGAAAACGUACGCUUCUACGUCGAGGAGGAAGGCAAAGGUGUCGAUGCCAGCGGCAAUAAGAUUAAAGCCGACAAAGAUAAGGUGAAAACAUUCCGUGAAAGUCUGGCCAAACUCGGUGACGUGUACGUGGACGAUGCAUUCGGAACGGCACACCGGGCACACAGCUCGAUGAUGGGCGAGGGCUAUGGCCAGCGGGCGGCCGGUUUGCUGCUGAACAAGGAACUGCGGUACUUCUCACAGGCGCUGGACAACCCGCCGAAUCCUUUCCUCGCUAUUUUGGGCGGCGCGAAGGUGGCUGAUAAGAUUCAGCUGAUCGAGAACCUGCUCGACAAAGUGAACGAGAUGAUUAUCGGCGGUGGCAUGGCGUUCACCUUCCUGAAGGUGCUGAACAACAUGGAAAUCGGUGGCUCACUGUUCGAUGCCGAGGGUGCAAAAAUCGUGCAGAAUCUGGUCGACAAAGCGAAGAAAAACAACGUUCAGCUUCAUCUGCCGGUCGAUUUCGUGACGGGGGACAAGUUUGCAGAGGAUGCCGCUACGGGCGAGGCCACGGUGGCCGGCGGCAUUCCGGCUGGUCAUCUGGGACUCGACAUUGGACCAAAAACGCGCGAAGCGUUCGCAGCCCCCAUCGCUCGGGCAAAGCUCAUCGUCUGGAACGGACCGCCCGGUGUAUUCGAGUUUCCGAACUUUGCCAAGGGCACCAAGGCACUGAUGGAUUCCGUUGUUGCCGCAACGAAAGGUGGCACUGUGUCGAUUAUUGGAGGUGGUGAUACGGCUUCGUGCUGCGCCAAGUGGGGCACGGAAUCGCAGGUCUCCCACGUAUCCACCGGUGGCGGUGCUUCGCUCGAACUGCUCGAAGGCAAGCUGCUGCCGGGUGUUGAUGCGCUUAGCAGUGCGUAAGUUGAGCCUACGGAAGGCGCUCUCGUAACUUUUUAACACACCGCGUGUGGAAUAUGUAUAAUGUUAGCUUGUGUGCGUUGCAUAGUCAUACAAUGAUAAGUCACGAUCAUCAUUCAACAGUCUGUUCACUGUGACGUUGUGCGUUAAGUCUUUGUUUUUAACCAAUAAAGUAUCUCAACACAACCUA